AUGCGGCUGGGAGUCGAAACCAGGGGAAGGCAUUCUGUUAAACACAAAAGAGCGAUGAAUAACGCGCGUGAAAUCCUGGAGAAAAUCAGCAUAGGUUUGGAUGUUGCUACAUAUCUUCUGAAAACUGAUCGUGGUAUACCAGCCUCUGAUUUUUGUGAUGAAUGUGUCAUCUUACUCAACAACCUAGACGUUGAUAUUAAAGGCCUUGAUGUCUCUGAGGUAAUAUUUAAUGUAUACUACGCAAUCUCUGGUUACACAAAUGCAGUAAGAUACACCAACAAACUUAUUGGCAUAUUAUGCAAUGCUGGAAAAUCAAUGAUGGAACUGGGAGACAAAUAUGAACGAACAAAUAGGUUUGCAGAGGCCAAGAAACUUUUUGAAAGCGUAGUUGCUAUCAAUAAAACAAUUGGCCUUAGAAGUGAAGAAGCAACCACUUAUGGCAGGCUAGGACAUGUGUUUGAAUCACUCGGUGAACAUCAGAAGGCUAAAGAAUGUUAUGAGAAAGCACUUGCUAUCACAACAGAAAUUGGCGACCAGGAAGGAGAAGAGGCAUGCUACGGGAACCUUGGAUGUGUGUUUGAAUCACUCGGUGAAUAUCAGAAGGCUAAAGAAUAUCACGAGAAAGCACUUGCUAUCGCAACAGAAAUUGGCGACAGGAAAGGAGAAGGAAGACACUACGGGAACCUUGGAGGUGUAUUUCAAUCACUCGGUGAAUAUCAGAAGGCUAAAGAAUAUCACGAGAAAGCACUUGCUAUCGCAACAGAAAUUGGCGACAGGAAAGGAGAAGGAAUAGUCUAUGAGAAACUUGGAGUCGUGUUUCGAUUCUUCGGUGAAUAUCAGAAGGCUAAAGAAUAUCACGAGAAAGCACUUACUAUUGCAACUGAAAUUGGCGACAGGGAUACGGAAGGAACAAGUCACGGGAACCUAGCAGGUGUGUUUGAAUCACUCGGUGAAUAUCAGAAGGCUAAAGAAUAUCUCGAGAAAGCACUUGCUAUCGCAACAGAAAUUGGCAACAAGGUAGGAGAAGGAGCAUGCUACGGGAACCUUGGAGGUGUAUUUCAAUCACUCGGUGAAUAUCAGAAGGCUAAAGAAUAUCACGAGAAAGCACUUACUAUCGCAACAGAAAUUGGCGACAGGAAUGGAGAAGGAACAUGCUACGGGAACCUUGGAGGUCUGUUUGAAUCACUCGGUGAAUAUCAGAAGGCUAAAAAAAAUCUCGAGCAAGCACUUACUAUCGCAACAGAAAUUGGGGACAGGAAAGGAGAAGGAACACACAACGGGGGCCUUGGACUUGUGUUUCAAUCACUCGGUGAAUAUCAGAAGGCUAAAGAGUACCACGAAAAAGCACUUGCCAUCGCAACAGAAAUUGGCCAUAAGGAAGGAGAAGAAACAUGCUACGGGAACCUUGGACUCGUUUUUCAAUCACUCGGUGAAUAUCAGAAGGCUAAAGAAUAUCACGAGAAAGCACUUACUAUCGCAACAGAAAUUGGCGACAGGAAAGGAGAAGAAACACGCUACGGGAACCUUGGAGGUGUGUUUCAAUCACUCGGUGAAUAUCAGAAGGCUAAAGAACAUCACGAGAAAGCACUUGUUAUCGCAACAGAAAUUGGGGACAGGAAAGGAGAAGGAGCAAGUUACGGGAACCUUGGAGGUGUGUUUCAAUCACUCGGUGAAUAUCAGAAGGCUAAAGAACAUCACGAGAAAGCACUUGCUAUCGCAACAGAAAUUGGGGACAGGAAUGGAGAAGGAUGGCACAACGGGAACCUUGGAUGUCUAUUUAGAUCACUCGGUGAAUAUCAGAAGGCUAAAGAACAUUAUGUGAAAGCACUUGCUAUUGCAACAGAAAUGGGCCUUAAGGACGGAGAAGGAACAUGCUACGGGAACCUUGGAGUCGUGUUUCAAUUACUCGGUGAAUAUCAGAAGGCUAAAGAAUAUCACGAGAAAGCACUUGCUAUCGCAACAGAAAUUGGCGAGAGGAAUGCAGAAGGAACAAGCUACGGGAACCUUGCAAACGUGUUUAUAUCACUCGGUGACUAUCAGAAGGCUAAAGAAUAUCAAGAGAAGGCACUUGCUAUCGCAACAGAAAUUGGCGAUAAGAAAGGAGAAGGAACAUGUUAUGGGAACCUUGGAGGUGUGUUUGAAUCACUCGGUGAAUAUCAGAAGGCUAAAGAAUAUCUCGAGAAAGCACUUGCUAUCGCAAUAGAAAUUGGUGACAGGAAUGGAGAAGGAAGAUGCUACGUGAACCUUGGAGGUGUGUUUCUAUCACUUCGUAAAAACAAGCUGGCCAAGGAAAAAUUUGACAAAGCACUCGCCAUCAGUAUAGAAACCGGCGACAGAUUGUGUGAAGGACUAUGCUACGCAGGUCUGGCAAAUCUGCAUUAUAUGUUUGAUGACUACCAGAAGGCUACAGAACUGUGGGAAAAAGCGCAUGCUAUCGUCAUGAACAUUGGUAAUAGGGAAGGACAGGGAAUGAGUUACAUAAUCUCUGGACACUUGUCUCUAUCGCUUGGCAAUUAUGACCAAUCGGAAAAAUACUUUGAGAAUGCGUGCUUGAUGAGUAGCAAAAUUGGAGACAAUAUGACUUACUUUCUGGGCCUUCUCGGAAUUACUCGGGUAAAGAUGUCUCAAUCAAAGAUAGAGGAGGCAAUGCAGUAUCUUCGUCAAAGUAUUGAAACUUAUGAAAAGUUGCGAAAUUUUCUCAAAGGAAACGAUGAAUUAAAAACGUCUCUCUUAGAGAAGCACGGUAAUUUCCCCUAUAAGUUGUACAGUGAGAUACUGCGUGCCAACGGUAACCUGCGAGAUUCUCUUAAGGUGGAGGAGCUGAGACGCGCCAGAGGCCUCGUAGAAUUGAUGGCGGACAAACUCUUAACUGAAAGCCACAUCUUAACUGAUUCAUCAUAUCGGCCUGAGAUCGAAAGCAUUGCGAGUAAAGAGAGCAAUUGUGCUGUUUUGUACAUUUCAUAUUGUGAACGACAUGUUCAUCUGUGGGUCUUAAAAGCAAAUGGACACAUUGACCAUCGUGUGAGCCCCGAACUGAAAAUCGACACUCUCAUGGCUGCAUUCGUUUGCGAUGUGGAGGAUAUUUUUAAAAAGAGUGCCUCCAGUUUCGGAAUUUUGCAUCCGGACGAGAAUUGCGAAGAUCGAUCUCUAGGUGACGACAUUCCCUUGUCUCCUCAAGAAGAGAGCCGAGCACCUUUGCAAGGUGACGAAACCAAACGCAACGAAAUAAUUCUUCAAUUGUGCUAUGACCAGAUUAUCGCUCCUGUAAAAGAUUUACUCACAGAGCCUGAAGUCAUCAUUGUACCUGAGAGGUGUUCCUACCGAGUCCCAUUUGCUGCCUUACGGGAUGAGCCAAUAGGAAAGUAUUUAUCAGAAACCCACAGAAUCCGCAUCGUCCCUUCUCUGACAACUCUCGGGAUCAUCCAGGAAUGUCCAGCGGACUACCACAGUCAGACCGGUGCACUGGUAGUGGGUGAUCCUAAGGCUGGCCAAGUGCGAUACAGAGGACGUAUUCUGAACUUGAUACCAUUGUCUGGUGCAAGAAAGGAAGCAGAAAUGGUUGGUCGACUCCUGGGGGUUCAGCCUUUGUUAGGAGAACACGCAACAAAGCAGGCAGUACUUAACGCACUUCAUUCAGUAAGUCUAAUUCAUCUUGCUGCUCAUGGUCAUGCCGACAGAGGAGAGAUUGCCCUUUCCCCUAAUUGCGCCACUAACAGUAUUCCACAAGAAGAAGAAUACCUUCUGACAAUGUCCGACAUUUCAAAGGUUAAGCUGCAUGCUAAACUGGUCGUACUUAGUUGUUGUCACAGUGGGCGUGGAACGUUCAAACAAGAGGGAGUCAUUGGAAUCGCUCGCGCAUUCCUAGCAUCUGGUGCACGUUCAGUGUUGGUGGCAUCGUGGGCCAUACAAGACGAAGCAACAGAGCAGCUCAUGAAUCAUUUCUAUGAACGCCUGGCUGCUGGAGAAAGUGCCAGCGAGUCCCUUCACCAGGCCAUGAAGUGGUUGAGAAGCAACGGCUUCACGGAACCUCGUCAAUGGGCUCCGUUUGUGCUGAUGGGAGACAACGUGACAUUUGACUUACAGAAGUUAAGGCAAAAAGAACCGACAGAGGACGAGAAUGAAGGCGACAAGAGACAGAGUAGCGACUAA